GGAGGACAUAAAUACUAUUUCGUAAACCAUGUUAGUUCAUUAUUUUUUCAGAAGCUUUUCGAAUUAAUUUAAAUGUCACAGAUUACUCUUGAAGUUUGAAUUGAAACUUAAGUUUCUCAUACAUCGUGAAAAUGGCCGAAGAUUCUGGUAACGAAGAUCAAUGGUUAUAUGGAGAUUCAAAUCCAGAACCUCCAGAAAUUGAGACCAAAAAUGAGCAGAAAGCUGAGGCGACAGACGAAACUACGGCUGAAGUUACGCAACAGGAUGAAAACACAGGCGAAAGUGACCAGCUGCCAGUACCAGAACCGCCGACUAUCCCUCCUCCAUCGGAACACGAGGAUGACCAGCUAAGUAGAGGUGAAGAACAACUUCAGGCCCCUGCCAGAAAGGAAGCAGGGGUAGAAGAAACAGCUAAUGAAAAUGGUGAUGGUGAUGAUGAUGAAGAUGAAGAUGAAGAAGACAGUGAUGAUGACGUCCAGGUUGUGAUUGGAGAUAUUAAAACAAGUCCUACUUAUACAAGCCUUAAUAUCAAACGUGGAGGCCUUUUAACAUCAGCUGUUGGUGGUGAGAAAUUGAAGCAACCAGGGAAAUUUUCUAUUGAAGAAUUUGAAGCUGUUGGAACAAUCAAUGGGGUUCCAGCACAUGAAUUCAAUUUGGAUUCUCUUGAAGACAAACCAUGGAGGAAACCUGGAGCUGACAUAACAGAUUACUUCAAUUAUGGCUUCAAUGAAGAGACAUGGCGAGCCUAUUGUGAGAGACAAAAACGAAUUCGUAUCCAUGAAUCUGGUGUGGGGCUUGCUCAGAUUGGAGGUCAGACUGCUGGACGAGGCACUAUCCCAGUAGCGAUUACUAACGACAACUCCAAGUACUCUGGUUUCAUGGGGCCUAAGAAGGCAGGACCUCCUCCAGGACGAAAAAUGGGAGGCACCAUUGAUGUCAUAGGUGGUGGAGGGUUGGCUUCAAGGCGGAAUUUGGAGAAGGGAACUCCACCCAAAGAGAAUAUUAUUCAGGUGAUGACCGCCGAUCGUCGCGAGUACAGCCGCAAGCCUGCGUUCCCUGAUAUGUCUGUGCCCCCUCCAACUUCAGGGAUUCCUCCGUUUGACUUGCCACCCCCUCCACAUGGUGUCGUUCCGCCUACCUUCCCUCCUCAUAUGGACUCGUAUGGAUCCGAGUUCUACGCGUCUGAGACAGACCCUUACUAUCAUUCAUACGAACCUACGCAGGACUCUCAGUGGAAUGACCCUACCUGGCAGUCAACAGCCAUGCUAGUAACAUCAGCAGACGUGAAAGUCAUCACCCCAGGCCCCCUGGUGACACCCCUACCACCAGUCAUCCCCCCACCAACAAAGAGUAAUGAUGCAGAAACUGCAAACCAAGAUUCUCAAGAUGAAUUCAGUUCUCGAGGUUCAGGUCGAGAACACUCUGAUGAUAUUGCUGCUUCAGGAGCCACCGGUUCAAAUGUUGGGUCAGGGAUACCAAUCAAAGAAGAACCAGGCUUGAAGGAUGAUCAAACGGCAACAUCUGAAAAAGAAUCCAGGGAAAGGGCAAAGGAUCGGGGCGAGCGCUCCGAGAAGUCCGAACGGCACCGUGACAGAUCUCAUCGUCACCGGUCACGAAGCCGUAGCACAGAAAGGCGUUCACGUCGCCACAAAAGUCACAGCAGGAGUCCUGGACAUCGUAGCCACCGCAAGAAGAAGUCGCGCAGGUCAGACCGAGAGAAGAGCAAGGAAGAGAGUGAAUGAUACAGACAAGCUCAUGUGGUAGUGUAGCGCACAAUCAACAUUUUUCAUUUCUCCUAACUGUUGUAGAACUUUCCACUUAUCAGUGAAAUUAAAAUUGAUGCAACAAUUUUCAA